GUCGUGUCGGAGUUCUCCCAUCAUAGUCGGUGCUCCAGCCCUCGUCUGUGGAUGUCUGGCCUCGGUCUGGCGGUCUUUUGAUGUUCAGCGAUAUCUCUCAAUCUUUUUCGCUAGCCCUUUUUUGCUUUUUCUAUCAGCUAUACUACUUUUGGGCUGCAGCUGAUCCUUAUUGUCGAGUCUGGAUGCUCCCUGCUUGGAAAGUAACUGAAAGGAAUUACUGCAUGAUCAAAGCGAUUCUCGUUUUAGUCUUGGAGAGACUGCGCACAUGUUACCAACUGUGGCGACUCGCUCAAGAGUCUAUCUCGAUUCGCAGAAUGGCACUUAAUCUUUUCUCCAAGUCGCUCAUUUAGGCUCGAUUCUUGAAACGACUUUAGGAACGUGAUCGCAGUGUCCGAUGCUUUAACUUCCGGGUUAUCAACCUUAAUGUCAAACGAAGAUGCCGGGUCCCCAUCUACUGACUG